GCCCCGCUGCCUCCGCCCCGCUCCGAAUCGGCCGCGUCCCGCAGCGGGAGCGACCCUCGGGGGGCCCGGCCUGGCCCCUCCCGGGCUGUCCUGGGCGUUCUGCCUCCGCGCCGGUACCGCGGCAUUGCCUCAUCGCCUAAAAAUACCGCCUGGCCGCCGGUCCGGCAGCGCCGGGAGGCGCGGAGCGUGUGCCCGGCCUGGCUCUCGGGGGGCGGGAGAAGCACCAGAAUGAAAGACAUGGACAAUAUCAAAACUGUAAAGAAAGAAUGGGUGUGUAAAUCAGGGACUGAUGAUCAGAUUUUGAACGGUACAGAACAAAACUGUGACUACUUUGUAGAUAACCUGUUCGAAGAAGCUCAGAAGGUUGGUGCUAUGUGUGUGCCCCCAACUACAGUCAAGAACCAGGUUGAUGUAAUCAUUAAACUUUGGAAAAAUGGGUUUACAGUAAAUGACGGCGAACUUCGGAGCUACACUGAUGUUGCAAACCAGCAGUUUUUGGAGUCCAUUAAAAAGGGGGAACUGCCUUUUGAGCUGCAAAAAGUUAUUGAUAAGGAGGAGGUAGAAGUGAAAGUGGAAGACAAAAAAGAUAAGGUGUAUUUGUCAUCGAAAAAGCCAGUGUUUCAUCCCUUUUCUGGACAUGGUUAUAGAUUAGGAAGUGCUACUCCAAAGAUAAUCUCUAAAGUGGGAGAUGGUCAUCCAGGACCUGAUGAUAAAAGACACCUGCCUUUAGUACCCUUGAAUGAUUUGGAGCCUAUCACCAAUGUCCAGAUAUGGUUAGCUGAUGGGGAAAGGAUAAUUCAGAAAUUCAAUGUUUCUCACAGAAUCAGCCAUGUCAGAGACUUCAUAACAAAAUAUCAAGGAUCUGAGGGAAGUGUUCCCUUCACACUGACGACAUCCCUGCCUUACCGAGAGCUGCGGGAUGAGACGCUCACACUUGAGGAAGCAAAGUUGCAAAAUGCUGUUGUUGUUCAGAGACUUCGGAAAACAGCUGAACCUUUCAGGCUUUUAGUGAUAGAAGCACCUGACAAUGGCUACAAAACUGCUGCUACACCCAAUGGACAACUCAGUAAUGAACAAAAAAAUGCUGUCAAUAGUACAAGACCAAAUUAGCUUUUAACUGACCAAAAAUUAUCUGCAGGGUGAACUAGGCAAAACCAAAAAUGUAACCAGCAAUAUGUGGAUGCCCUAACAUCCUCAUGCACUGUGCUCUUAGAGAGCAGAAUGGGUGCUGUGCUGUUGUCUGCUGUAAUUGAGGUAUUUUCAGCUAGAUUGGGUGGACAGAGUCUGGCUAUAUAAUAUAGCAGAGGUAACUGUACAGCAGAUUAUCCUUAGAAUUUCCUUAGGUAAAAAGCUUCUUAGUUAUUUAAUAACUGGGUCUAAGUGGAACAGUUCUCUGAGACUUAACUACUGAUAGCACCUUUUAAGGAAAAAUAGUAUUUAUUUUUGCACUUUGGACUAAAGUGAAAUUUCACUUACAUUGUAGUGUAAACUGCUGCAGUUUGCAUUCUUCUCACGGUAACUCUUCAACAGCCAGUACUGCAGGCAAACUCACAUUUGAACUCUAACCUGAAAAUCUUCAGGAUGUAACUUUUAUCACGAGAUCUGCAGUGUAAUAAUGUUCUGUCAAGUCUUCACAAAGUGGUAGGUGCAUGUGUGAGAAGAUACAAAUGAGGUAGUCUGGUGCAUACUGCAUAUGAAGUGCCUCAAAGUAAGCUCUGAAGGAAUUGUUCUUAUCAAUGGUUGAAGUGGUUUCUGCUUCUUUUGGGCUGCUACAGGUGUCUUGCAGAUCAGGUGAUAUUAAACUACCUAGCUCAUUAGCAUAGGGACCCACUUGUAGCUUUGUCACAAGAGGGACACAGUUGUUUUUAUACUUUUUAUCUUCCUCUGUCCUGAACUGCCCAGCUGAUGGAGGCACUAAUUGCAUGUGGUCAAGUUUCAAAGAUAUUAAAAAUCCUUACUUGAAAACUGAAGUUUUUCUCUUCACUUUGCUCCAUUUACAUCCAAAUCUUUUAUUUUGCUAUUCAUGUACUCAAGGCAUAAAGCUUGUAGCCAACUACUGUGUUUUGCUAAAAGAGGAAACAACAUAAAGACUUAA